AAGAGGAAGAAGCCUGAGAGGAAAGUGUGCAUCAGAGCAAGUACCAUGGCCAUGAUACUGUUGCUUUUCUUCAUCCUAUAUGGAGCUGACGGCACUCACAUCGUCGGAGGCAGAGACGCUCUGCUGCACUCGCGUCCAUACAUGGCUUCACUGCAAUUUCGUGGGCAGCACAUCUGCGGUGGCUCGCUGAUUAGACAAGACUUUGUCCUCACUGCAGCACACUGCAGGAUACGCCGCGCUUUCACAGUGGUGCUGGGAGUAGACUCCCUGACAGGUAAUGAGUCCACCAAGCAGGUGUUCACCACUGCUAAAGACAUCCCGCAUCCCGGCUACAACGGCCAUGAAAACGACAUUAUGCUUCUGAGGCUCAACGGCAGUGCCAUCCUGACUGAGGCGGUGCAGCUGAUCGUUCCCAAAAGAGGACGUCUGCAAAGACGCAGCAGGUGCAUCACGGCCGGCUGGGGGGACAUUGGUGAUAACAACACCUUGCCCAACACUCUUCAGGAGGUCAACGUCACCCUGCUGUCGCAGCGCACAUGUCGCCGACGAUGGCAGACAGUCCCCAUCGCCAGGACCAUGGUGUGCGGCACCGGGUCCCGCAUCUUUCAAGGCUUCUGCUCGGGUGAUUCAGGUGGUCCACUGAUCUGCAACGGCGAGGCGGCAGGCGUGGUGUCCUUCUCCGGGCGACGCUGCGGGAACCCCAGAACCCCCGACGUCUACACUCGCGUCUCGGCCUUCACUGACUGGAUAUCCAUGGUGUUGAAUAGAAAUUCAACAAAUGACCAUCAAGCUGUGUGACAUCAUUGUGUCCAGUUACACAACUGAUGUAUUAGUGCUGAGUUUGUCAAUGCAUGAUAAUCAUUUAUGUCGGAAUGUCACUGAUUUUGCUACAGUAUGUUGCACGCAUUAGGCACGCUUCAGAUGGUCCAUUUUCCAGAUUAAUUGACGUUUUCAUAUCCAGGCAGAGACAAAGCGGAAUUGAAAAUAACAAAUCCAGAACAGUUUCUUUGAGGUUUUUUUUUGCUUGCUUUACCAUUGUAACGAAGAAGCAACCACUGGUCAUUUCAGAGGAAGCUUUUGACAAUUUGUUUUGGGGAUUAAAUAAAUAUUACAUAUGCAUUGACUAGAAACAAUCAUUUUCAAUCCCAAUUAUUGAUGGUUAAAUGUUGUAGGGUAACAUGAUCAACAGGUCCACUUAUAGUAGAACAUUUUGAAUCACUGAACUAGAGGAUAUUUUCAGUAUUUUUUUCCCAAUAGUUUGUAUAGUAUUACAUUUUAGUGCUUGUUCCAUUAACCCGCCUCACAUUAACAUUGCCUCUUAUAUAAAUAUUAUAUUUUAUAUGCAGUACAGUAUAUAUAUUAUGUAAAUUCCAAAAAUGAGUUGGUAAAGUGCACAAUACGUUUUUUUUAAAUAUUUGCAUAAUGCGUUAUAGGGACAUUAACCAUAUUUAGUUUGGAAAAAUGGACAUUCUCCAGCCAAUCAGUUAAAAUAACACAGAGUUAAUUGAAUAUAAAUAAAUGUG